GUCGUCGUGGUCGUGGUUAAGAUAGCUAAGGUGUUUUGAACAAAAAACAAAAAAAAAAAAAAUAUUAAAAACAUUUUGCCAGAGUUAACUUUGCGAUACUUUAUACAACGGAAGUCUGUUAGAAAAGUUUCCCCCUGGUGGUAUCUUCUUUUUAUUUUCAUAAAAGUGUUUCAGAAAGUUCAAAAACAAAAAAAAAAAAAAAGAUCAAAAAACCACCUCCAUCAUCCACAACAUGAAGGUUACCAGAAUGAAACUUCUAACGGUGCUGCUGUUUCUAAUUAAUCUACUCGAUUGCGUGCAACCGGAAGCUUUAUCCUUAUCCAUCAUCGGUCUAGAGAGCUUGGUAUCCAGGGAAAAGUUAUUAAUCGAUAAGUUGGAACUCUAUCUGGGUGCUCUUGAGAAGAAGGCACACGUGAUCCGCAGUAACCUGGAGCUGAUGAAGGCUGAAAACCAAAAGGCUCAACUCGAGGGUGACGCUUAUUUGAUGAAUCCCCUACAGGCAUUCCCACUUAUCCGCCGCCUACACUCGGACUGGGUAAACUGGCAGAUCUAUCUCCAGGAUCCUGUUGGUCAUGGUAAUGCUUGA